CCGGGUGGGGGUGCGUCAGAGUCCACUCAGAGAGUCACGUGAGAGAACGAUGUCGUCUCGCCACAGCAGCCGCAACUCACUUAUGUGGCCAUUAGCAUGUGUGUGCUGCUUCGCCUUGGGGCUCCUCUCGUCCUACGCGAGCACCAAUUCGCUCGCAUCUUUCCAGGAGAAGGCUAUACAGGUCAAGAGCAACUUGCUACGGGCCAGACCGUCGACGUGGCAGAGUUUAUACGACGUACAACAAAGCAACAGCUCCGUUGUUGAGAACGACUACGCCCGGGGUAUUAUCGUGUGUCUACACAACGGUAUCGUGGCUAUGGGCGUGUCACUCAUCCGGGAGCUGCGCUGUCUGGGCAACACGGAGCUUAUCCAAGUGUACCAUUGCUUUCCCCACGAAAUGUCGGACGAGAGUCGAGCGCUGCUAACGCGUAACGACUCGAAAGUGGAGAUCGUUGACGUGUGUACCGAUAUUUUGGCCAAGAAGGGCCCCGAGAACCUCUUUUUGGGCAACACCAAGACCGCCAAAGCCUUCCAGAACUACUGGAUCAAACCCUUGGCGCUGUAUCAUACCAAGAUUCGAGAAGUGAUUUUAGUGGAUGGAGACGCAGUGUUGCUACAGGAUCCGUCGAUUCUGCGACUUAUGUCGGGAUAUCAGCGCACAGGCACCACCUUUUUCCGUGAUCGCAUUGCCAAGAUGAACAGGUUUCUCAACAAGAAGAAAGAAGAUGGCAAGUUAUACAUCAAGCAUCUGGUUGACUCGUUCCCAUAUAAAAAACUCGGUCUCAAAGGCCCAAAGCCAUCCGAAGAACUCAAGAAUUCUUUCUCGUGGAGAGGAGAUACAGGCCACGAGAUGGACUCGUCCAUGGUGUUGGUGGAUAAAACAAGAGCGGGCAAGGCCUUGGCAGUCCUGAAGGAGUUAAUCAUUAACACACGUUUCCGCUUACAGUUCUCGUGGGGAGAUAAAGAGUCCUUCUGGCUCGCUUAUGAGCUGGCGCAUCAGGACUAUUUCUUCUCUCCAUGGGGUCUCAGUCUGCUGGAAUCAGUGCCAAAUAACGACCUCGCACACCCGAACACCAUGUGUGGCAGUAUGGCGCAUUUCGUACCUACGGAGAACGAGACGGACACGGCAGAACUGCUUUAUGUCAAUGGCAAGGCGCUGUUGGAGCCCUAUCCGGCUGGGGUGGAGAAGACUGUCAAGGGCAAGAAGUCGAGAAUGUUUAACUUAAACCCGACCCACUUAACGCCGCGAUAUCGACACGACGACUUCGAUCUGAAGAAAUCCAAGUCGUUUGAGUGCAUGGACGAUCUGGGAUCUGUGCCACUUCCUCAUUACUUCUUCGGCCGUCUACUUCGACGUCGAUUCCACUACUUUGCAGCAGAAACAAACGCGUACGAAGCGUUGGGGGAUUGUCCCGAACGGACAAGUUAG